AUGCAAACAGAAAAAUGGUGGCAAAAGGCUGUCGUUUACCAAGUCUAUCCCAAAAGUUUUCAAGACAGUAACCAUGAUGGUAUCGGGGACAUCCGCGGUAUCAUUCAACGAUUAGAUUACAUUAAACAGUUAGGCGUUGAUGUGAUUUGGCUUAAUCCCAUUUACAAGUCCCCUGACAUUGACGGUGGCUAUGAUAUUUCUGAUUAUCAAGAUAUUAAUCCAACCUUUGGUUCAAUGGCUGACUUUGACGAACUAUUAUCAAAAGCCCAUGCAAUGGGAUUGAAAAUCAUCAUGGAUUUAGUUGUCAAUCACAGCUCAUCCCAACAUGAUUGGUUUCAAAAAAGCCUAGCUUCUUCAGAACCAGACAAUGAUUACCGUGAUUAUUAUGUUUGGCGUGAUCCAGUUGAUGGUCACGAACCCAACAAUUGGGGAUCUUUCUUUUCUGGUCCUGCUUGGACUUACGAUGAAAAAUCAGGUCAAUAUUAUCUCCACCUUUUCGCCAAAGAACAGCCCGAUCUCAACUGGAAUAAUCCCAAAGUUCGCCAUUCUAUUUUUGACAUGAUGAAUUGGUGGGCUGCCAAAGGUAUUGACGGUUUUAGAAUGGAUGUUAUUUCCCUUAUUUCAAAACCUGAUGGCUUACCCGACGCACCAAUCACUGGUGAUUCAAUAUUUGGUAAUGCCGGCGAUGCUGUUGCCAAUGGCCCUCACGUACACGAAUAUCUGAAAGAGAUGAACACUAAAGUAUUAUCCAAGCAUGACUGGAUGACCGUUGGUGAAACAGCCGGGGUUACAAUUUCUGAAGCACAAAAAUAUGCUAAUAAAGAUGGUUCGGAACUUAAUAUGGUGUUUGAAUUUGAACAUGUUGGCUUAGACAGCAACACAAAUCCCGCAUUAGGAAAGUGGUCUGAUCGCAAAGCAGCUUUGCCUGAGUUGCGAGAAAACCUAGUUAAAUGGCAGCAAGCUUUGAGUGGUAAAGCUUGGAACAGUCUUUAUUGGAAUAAUCAUGAUCAACCACGUGUUGUUUCAAGGUUCGGAAAUGACUCGCCAAAAUUUCGCGAAUUAUCUGCUAAAAUGCUAGCGGCCUUAUUACAUUUUAUGCAGGGAACCCCUUAUAUUUAUCAAGGUGAAGAACUUGGUAUGACCAAUGCUUACUUUGAUACAAUCAACCAAUAUCAGGAUUUAGAGACGAUUAAUGCCUAUCAAGAACUCGUUGUGACCGAAAAAUUAGUGACUGAAGAAACGAUGUUGAAGUAUUUCCAAUCAAAAUCUCGCGAUAAUGCCCGUACACCAAUGCAAUGGGACACAAGUUCAAAUGCCGGUUUUUCUGACACCACACCUUGGUUAGAAACUAACCCUAAUUAUCAAGCCAUCAAUGCCAAAGCAGCACUCGACAAUCCUGAUUCAAUAUUCUAUUUCUAUCAAAAGUUGAUCAAACUUCGGCACCAACUACCAGUCAUUACUGAUGGUACGUUCAAGCUUUUGCCUGACAAUGAGCAGGAUGAUCACAUUUUUGCUUACACCAGAACCAAUUCUGAAACGACUUUAUUGAUUAUUGCCAAUUUCACAUCUGACACCAUCACUAGAAAUUAUGAUGUUCCCAAAGCCGCUCAAUUAUUGAUUCAAAAUUAUACAGACGACCAAGAAACAACUAUCCGUCCGUAUGAAGUUAAAGUUUAUCAAUAUCCCACUAAAUCCCUAAAAAAAUGA